AUGAAGCCAAUUUCUUCACAUUCUUCCUCUCUUUCUCAUUUCGCCUCACAAUCAAACCAAACCCACCUCGAACCUUUGAUUUCAGUCAUCAAAUCCACUACCCAAAGAACCCAAUUGCUUCAAAUCCAUGCGUACCUCCUUCGCACUUCGCUCCUUCAAGAAUCCACCUUUUCUGUCCCUUUUCUAAACCGUAUAUCCCUGCCUCCUAUUCAAAAUUUAAACUAUUCUCUCCAAAUAUUCUCUCAGAUUCUAAAUCCAAAUGUCAUGCACUAUAACACCAUGAUCAGAGCUUAUUCAAUGAGCAUUCAUCCGGAGAGAGGGUUUUAUGUCUACCGUGAUAUGAUCCGGCAAGGUAUACGUCCCAAUCCUCAAUCUUCUUCUUUCGUUACCAAGUCUUGUAUACGAAGUUCAUCUUUAUUCAGAGGGUUGCAGAUUCACGCUAGGAUUUUCAGAGAUGGGCAUCAUUCCGAUACCCUUCUGCUCACUACUUUGAUGGACUUCUAUUCAAGUAGUGGCAACUCCAACAACGCACACAAGGUGUUCGAUGAAAUGCCUCAACGAGAUACAAUCGCAUGGAACGUAUUGAUUUCAUGUUAUACCCGUAACAACAGGACCCGUGAUGCAUUACACCUGUUUGACACAAUGCAGAGCCAAGAACACAAGUGCAAACCAGAUGAUGUCACCUGUUUGCUAACACUUCAAGCUUGCUCAAAUCUAUGUAUGCUUGAAUUUGGUGAACGAGUCCAUGAAUAUAUCAAACACCAUGGCUACAAUCAAUCUCUAAAUCUUUGUAAUUCUCUUGUAUCAAUGUAUUCCAAAUGUGGAGACUUGAAAAAAGCAUAUGAAGUAUUUCAAGAUAUCCCAAAUAAAGAUGUGGUUUCUUGGACUUCAAUGAUCUCUGGUUUUGCAAGUAGUGGUUAUGGACAAGAAGCAAUCAAUGUUUUUAAAGAAAUGGUGAAAACGGGUAUUCCACCAGAUGAACAAACAUUCACUGCUUUACUUUCUGGGUGUAGUCAUUCAGGGCUAAUUAAUGAAGCAAGAUUCAUUUUUGAUCAAAUGGAAAAACAAUUUAAUGUAACACCUAAUAUUCAUCAUUACGGGUGUAUAGUUGAUCUCAUGGGUCGUGUUGGAUUACUUGAAGAUGCAUAUAAUCUCAUAAUUUCAAUGAAUUGUACACCCGAUGCUACAAUAUGGAGGACUUUACUUGGAUCUUGUAAAUUACAUUCCCAUUUUGACCUUGGAGAACGUGUGAUUAACCAUUUGAUUGAACUCAAAGGUCAAGAAGCGGGUGAUUAUAUUCUACUUUUGAAUAUUUACCAUUCAAUUGGGAAUUUUGAGAAAGUGAUGGAAAUAAGGAAAUUAAUGAAAGAAAAAGGGAUUCAAACAACUCCUAGUGCUAGUACAAUUGAAAUUAAAGGGGAAAUACAUGAGUUUAGAGUUGAUGAUACUUUGCAUUUGAGGAUUAGUGAAGUUUAUGAGAAGUUGGAUGAGAUUGAGAAGCAAUUGAAAAUUGGGGGGUAUGUUGAGGAAAUAGGUGGAAAAGGAAGGUACCAUAGUGAAAAAUUGGCUAUGGCUUUUGGGGUUUUGGUGACUCCACCUAGAACGAAAUUGAGAGUGGCGAAGGACUUGAGGAUUUGUGUUGAUUGUCAUAAUUUUGCGAAGGUGUUUUCGGGGGUUUAUGAUAGAGAGGUUGUUAUAAGAGAUCGUAUGAGGUUUCAUCAUUUUAGGGAAGGUAGAUGUUCAUGUAAUGAUUUUUGGUGA